AUGGCUCGUCGUCGACCACCACCUUCUCUGUUUUGGAAGACCUUGCUCGAUCCAUCUUCCGCUGAACUCGAAAUACCAUCUAUCGCUUCAACGACGUACUUCAACAACAAAGUACCUAAGGAUGACCCGAUUACUUUAUCGGCAAAUGGAGGGUAUUCAUGGGAGGUUAAAGUUGAAAAAAUUGGUGAAGGAUUAUGGUUUACUAACGGAUGGAGGAAUGUGGUUCAAGAUGCCCAGUUUCGUCCCGGGGAUAUAGUCUUAUUUAGGAUAGUUGAUGAUCAUCAAUCUAGGAUCAAAAUGUCAGUCUAUAGUUCACAUGGAUUGGAAAGGAGUUUGCCCCCAAAUCACCGGGUCGAACCUGAUGUUUUUGUUUUUAAUGGUGACGAUGACGACAACAAAGUAAUUGUUUCUACUCUUAGUGAGGAUGAAGGUGAUGGUGAUCCUUUCUUCGUAACAGUUGUAUCUAAAUCUCAUAACACUAUGUUGCGGCUUCCAAGGGACUUUGUUCGCUUGGCGAAGAUUGAAGAUAAAAGGACCAUAAUGCUGAAGGGUAUUGGGGGAAACGAAUGGCGGAUGGGCAUCGGCUUGGAUACAGGCAAUGCGACAGUAAGGUACUUUUUAUCAGCCGGGUGGCUUGAUUUCAAGAGAAGUAAUAACUUAUCAAAAGGAGACGAAUGUGUUUUCAAGUUCUUGAGAAGUGAAAACAAGAUGUGCCUAGAAAAAGUCACCAAGAGGCCAAUUAACCAGAAUCCGACGACGCAACCACCAAAAAAGAAUAGUGGUGGCGACAGUGUUGCGGCGGUGGCCAAGCUAGAGGCCACGCGGAAGGUCACUUAA